AUGACGUUGUCUCAACCAUCAACCCGCACUGUCGUUUUGAUCAUUGUUAUUCUGGCUGCUCUUACCUGUACCCUCUUCAGUGUUGUCUGUCUAGGACAUGAUGCUACAGUUGCUGCUUUAACAAUCACUGCAAUCCUGCUCUCUGGAGUAGGUAUUCUAAUGCUAACUUUCUUCAUCACGGACAAGAAGUCAUCUCGACAACCAGCUGUGAUUCUGAACACCGUUCGUUCAAACCCACACGAUUUGUUUCAACUCACAGACCGACCACCUCUUCCUUCCUAUCCACCAACCUUCAUCCCACCGUUUCCGAUACCACCACCACAAAUCGUUCUUCCGGAUAGCACAGUGCUUAUCCAACCACCACCAGCAACGAACCCACCAACCUACGAUGAAAGCGCGGACAUUGAGGACCGUAGAAUCACUGAUAACUCCAACGCACCACCAGCUUACAACCUGACCAAUUUUGUUUCGGAUAACAACAUUGCCAGCUUCUCGCCUCCUCCUUACUACAGCCCGCCGAGCCCUUUUUUUGGGACAUCAGUUCAAACAACUACGAUGUACCUCUCCGCCGAAGAAAUUUCUGAUUCUCCAGUCCCAACUUCUCCAAUCAACCCCCUUCGUUCGAACACAAUUCGAGCACCAUCCCCCGUUCGUCGUCAUCCUGCGAGGAAGCCUCGUCGUCAAUCUCCACGUCAACCGAAACCACAGCAAACAGCAGUUGUUAUUGAAGAUGAACAAUCUGGAGCUUCCACUAGCACCGCCGUCCCAAAAACUCCAACUCGCACUCCCCUUCCUCAAAUGUUCAUCGACUGUUCGAAAGCCGAACCGACCCUUUUCACAAUCAACGGUGAAGAGUCUAUCAUCUAA